AAUGUUGUUCAUGCUGAGCGUUUAUUUUCUGACGCCGCGUGCUCUGUCUCCAAACCGCAGGCCUACAUCCGAGUGCUGGACAUGAACGAGCAUCGGCCCGUCUUCCUGAAGCCGCUGUACGAGGUGAGGGUUCCUGAGGACACGUCUCCGUGGAAGGACAUUCUGCAGAUCAGCGCGCAGGACGCCGACACCAACAGCAAGCUGGUGUUCUCCGUCCACAGCAGCCUGCACCCGGACAGCACCAAGUUCUUCCACCUGGACCCCAAGAGCGGCGUCCUGGUGAUGACGGAGCGGCUCGACUACGAGACCAUCUCCACUCACACGCUCAUCGUCAUGGUGCGUGACCAGGAGAUCCCGGUGAAGAGGAACUUUGUGAAGGUGGUGGUUCACGUGGAGGACUGUAACGACCACUCGCCGGCGUUCCUCAGCCCUCGGUACGAGGCCACGCUCUCCAACAUGGCCCCCACGGGCUCCGAGGUCGUCCGGGUCAAAGCUCUGGACAAAGACAUGGGCAGCAACGCCGACAUCAGCUACUCUCUGAACUCCG